CAAAUCUAAAAGGUUUGAUGUUGAAAGGCCAUGGACUCGUGGUUCAUUCGGAAGUUCUUCAAUGCUUCCAACAUAACCACAACAUCUCUUUCUCCUUCUCGCCUAGAAUUUAGCUAAAACCUACAACCCCCCCAAUCAAAACCUCUGCUUAACCAUGGAGCUACCAAAAUUUAUGUUCGCUGGCGUUCUAAUCUUAGGGUUUCUAUCCAUCGUCGCACAAUCCAUCCGUUUCGAGAUCGAAUCGGGGCAUACAAAAUGCAUAUCGGAAGACAUCAAAAGCAAUUCUAUGACAGUCGGUCACUACUCCGUAGUUAAUCCCAAUGAAGGACAGCCAUUACCUGACUCCCACAAAUUCACUAUCAGGGUGACUUCGGUGUACGGGAACUCCUAUCACUACGCCGAUCAUGUACAGUCGGGUCAAUUUGCGUUUCAGGCUACUGAGGCAGGGGAUUACAUGGCAUGCUUUUUUGCCAUCGAUCAUCAUCCCGCCAUUAAAAUUCCUAUCGAGUUCGAUUGGAGAUCUGGCUUGGCUGCUAAAGAUUGGUCUAAUGUAGCCAAAAAAGGUUCUGUAGAUGCAAUGGAGUUGGAGCUAAAGAAGCUUGCAGACUUCGUGACUUCCAUUCAUGAAGAGAUGUUUUAUCUCCGAGAAAGGGAACAUGAUAUGCAAGAGCUUAACAACAAGACAAAUUCAAGAAUGGCGUUAUUGAGUUUUCUUUCACUGUUCGUCUGCUUGUCAGUUGCAGGUUUGCAAGUAUGGCAUUUGAAGUCAUUUUUUGAAAAGAAGAAGCUCAUUUAAGUCCCAUAGCAUAGU